AUGGGAGACUCUUCUUCAUCUUCUUCAUCUUCUUCAUCAACUUCUGCUGCUUCAUACAUUCAUAUGGUGCAGCAUCUGAUCGAGAAGUGUUUGACCUUUCACAUGACAAAGGAAGAGUGCAUGGAAGCCCUUUCUAAACAUGCAAAUAUUAAGCCUGUCAUAACAUCCACAGUAUGGAACGAGUUGGAGAAAGAAAACAAGGAAUUCUUCGAAGCAUAUGCAGAAUCGAAGAGUAAAGACGAUAGAAUGUCCGAAGAAGAGACAAGUCAGAUGAUACAGAAGAUGAUCUCUGAUCAUUCCUCCUCUAAAGAUGCAGACUAAUAAUCCAUCUGCCAUUGACAACGAUCUCUUCCUGUUCUCUUGUGUUUUAAUAUAUUCACUUGGGAUUUACGUACUUUGUCUUCUUCGACCCCGAAAGCACACAGCCUACUCUCUCUCUCUCUC